UUGCAUCUUCUUCCAAUUUUCCGAUUCUGCUAUUCCACUAUUACUCGAAUGCAGUUUCCUCUUGAAGAUGUCGAAGAAGAGCGUUCAUCUUCCCGAGGAACUGAUCAUUGAAAUUCUGUUGAGAUUGACGGUGAAGACUCUACUACGAUGCAAGUGCGUCUGUAAAUCAUGGCUCUCUCUCAUCUCUAAUCCCAAUUUUGCAACUUCACACUUUCAACUUGCCGCCUCACCCACAAAUAAACUUGUCUGCUUAGGAAAUAAUUCUGAAACCCUAUCCAUUGAUUUUAAUGCAUCUCUUAACGAUGAAUCUUCAUAUGCUUCGCUAAGCUAUGAUUUUCUGCCCGGUGGAUCAUGUCCUGAUAUUGUAGGUUCCUGCAGAGGCUUUAUAUUUUUGGACGCUUACACAAACUUCUAUCUAUGGAAUCCAUCCACCCGUGUCCACACUAAAAUACCCACCUCUCCUAUAACCAAUCUCCCCGAUUCCUAUAUUAACACUUAUCUGUAUGGUUUUGCAUACGACCGUUCAACUGAUGAUUACUCGAUAGUUUUGGGUUCCUGUGAUUCUCGUGCUUUCGAUUAUAGGGUACCUUGUUCCAUUUGCUUUGAGAUUUUCUCAUUGAGACCUAAUAAGUGGAAACAUAUUGAGCUUGAGGCUUAUUUGAUUAUUUACUUUCGAUAUCAUUCUAAUACCGGGUUACUCUUGAAUGACUCUAUUCAUUGGAUGGUUCAUAAUUACGACGAAACCUUAACGGACGAUAUUAUUGAGGUUAUUAUUGCCUUUGAUUUAAAGGAAAGCAAAAUGUCAAAGAUAGCCCUGCCAUAUGGUUUUGAUUCUAAAGAUGAUUCUAGUAACCAUGAUUUGCUGGUAUUUGGCGGACUUAUCAGUGCAUCGAUUGUGGAGAUGCAUACAAUUAAGAUAUGGGUGAUGAAAAAAUAUGCAGUGCAUUCAUCUUGGACUAAGAUUCUUGAGUUUUCUGUUGAUCCUGCUUUGCACGGUUCUUUAUCCAUAGUAUGCUUUACAAAUUGUGGUGAUAUAAUUGGAAAAGAUGAUGAAGGUGGAUUGAUCAAGUUUAAUGACAAAGGAAAGCUGCUGGAGCAUCACUCUGGUCCUAAGAGCAUAGACUCAAAAACAUUCGAAAUGGCGGUGUAUACAGAGUCUCUGCUUUCACUCCCAUGUGGCAUUGAGCAGGUCUAAGAAGCAAUGACUCAGACUCAGAGAAGCAAUCAUUGAUUUGAUGCUGGUAACUGAUCCUCUCUGCCUCAAAAGCAGUUAAGUGGAAUUUAUUCUAAUGAAUGUUGAUUUUACAUUUAUCUGAAUCUUUAGGGUUCUUAAAUGGUUAGUAUUUAUUUGAUUAAAACAAAUGCAUUGUUCUAGUAACUUAUUUGGCA